AUGCGACUGUCUCCAAUUUACAACCGCGUUGCGAUCGGCUAUCCAAAUGGUCUCCUGAUCGCUGGGGUCGAGAUAGAGCGAAGCUGGGUGGCUGAGCUGAGUCCUGGUCCAGCGGAAUUCGGUGUUUUAGGCACACCGACUGUUAUCUUGUUCCAGGGAAGGAAAGAAAUAGCGAGAUACAACAACUCGGACCCCAAUUUCCAGCAGUUCAACAACUGGCUCCACAAGCACUCUAAACUGCCUCUUUACGAAAUCAAGGAAGAAGAACUCAAGGAAGAUUCAAUUCCUUCUGAGCCGAUUCCGACCGAGCUGACGAAGCCCUUUCCAUACGGUGUUUGGAUAAGCUACCUCUCACUAGCGCUCGUGAUUUUUGUGAGGAAAUGCUUUCCGCAAACUGUGUGA